AUGGUCUCCGCCGCCAUCAGCAAUCUGCUCGCCGAGAAGAACCGCCUACACAAAGCCUACGUAGACCACCCCACUGACGACAACAGAGCUGCUUUUUACCGCAGUCGCCGCCACCUUCAGCAACGACUGCGCGAGAUCCAGGCCGCCUGGACUGCUCGCAAAGCUGAGGAGAUCCAGGGCUACGCGGACCGUAACGAAUUGAAGAACUUCUUCUCUGCGAUCAAAGCUGUCUACGGUCCGCCGAUGAAAGCCACCGCUCCUCUCCUCAGCGCCCACGGCAGUAAUAUUCUGACUGAGAAGACACAAAUCCUACAGCGAUGGGCCGAGCAUUUCCGAGGCGUCCACAACCGCCCCUCCACCAUCUCCGACGCCGCCAUCGCCCGCUUGUCGCAAGUGGAGACCCACGUCGACCUCAACCUCCCGCCAUCUCUCCAGGAAACCAUCAGGGCCGUGCAGCAGCUCUCCAGCGGGAAUGCACCCGGAUCGGACGCAAUCCCUGCUGAGGUCUACAAGCACGGAGGUCCCCAACUCAUGGAUCCCCUGACUGCGAUCUUCCAGAAGAUGUGGCGUCAAGGUGAAGUCCCGUAAGAACUCAAGGACGCAACUAUCGUGCACCUUUACAAGCGAAAAGGGAAUCGCCAAGUCUGCGACAAUCACCGCGGCAUCUUCCUACUGAACAUCGGCGGGAAGAUCUUCGCUCGCAUCCUGCUCAACCGCCUCAACAACCAUCUGGAACAGGGCCUUCUGCCGGAGAGCCAAUGCGGCUUCCGUCGUCAUCGUGGGACCACGGACAUGAUCGUCGCAGCCCGCCAACUUCAGGAGAAGUGCCAGGAGAUGCGUACCCACCUGUACUCUACCUUCGUGGAUCUGACGAAAGCCUUCGACACGGUGAAUCGUGAAGGACUGUGGAAGAUCAUGCAGAAAUUCGGCUGUCCCGAGUGA